AUGAUAUGUUCUCCUAAAGAAUCAAAUGUCAUUAAUGUAACUGAACGUACAUCAUCAAUGUUCACGGCACUGAUUACUUACGACUGUUCUUUUAUGAACGUAUCUGAUUUAAAAGUAGACUCUAACACAUCAGCUAAUUGCUCUACCAAUCAAAGUUUAUCAAACGAUAAUUCAAGUAGUGAAGUUAACGUUACAUGUCACAAUAUUGAAAAUAAGGCUGGUCGAAACUUUGAAUUCACUCUCAGUCAAAACAACAGUAAUCAAUUUAUUAACACGACAACUUUCAACGUUACACUUAAACCAUUACCUCUUAACACUUGGGCAGAUAUCACUAUAACAGUCGAUACAAAUCUAACAUCAGCAUCAAUUUCAAUAUUGAAUUGUGAGAAAAUAGCUGAACAAGAAAAAUUCAUGUUUGCAUGUGAUAGUUCCAAUAAAUCAAGCAUGUCUUCUCUAAUAAACUGCUCACACAAAUGUGUCAAUUUGCUACCAGGUUCUUCUUAUGAAGCAUCAUUGAUUCGAUUGCCUAUUACAAUAGAUGACAAAAAAGAUGAUACAUUUCCAGAAGAAAAUAUAACUCGAAAAUAUACAAUAGAUCUUGAUAAAAUAACAAAUUUGACUUUCGAUGGAAGUUUGACGGAAAAUGGAGUAGCAGUGAUUCGCUUCAAUCAUCCACGUGGACAUUAUAAUGAACUUCGUUUCAGUUGUAAUGUACAAGAUCUAAAUUGUUUCAGAUUUGAUCAGAGUCUAACCAAUCAUACAACAAACUGUUCAAACUGUAGUUUCUUUUCGGUACCUAAAGUAGUUCGAGGAGUUAAAUAUACAUGUCAAGCUUCGACCAUUAAAGCAGGUUUCAAGGAUGUUCCAUCAGAUGAACUUCAGUUCAACACAGGUGAAUGA